AUGGCAAAUGGUAAUUAUUCAUCCCCACAGUCUCAGCCUCCUUUGCCUGUGCACCUUUGCUUCUUCCUUCUGAUACUGCUCAUGCUGAUAGGUUUCUCGUGGUACAUGAACUACGAACCAGUGCUAGAGAGCAUGUUCGAUCAAGUGAAGCUGGUUCUCAUGGUGUCUCCACUGCUACUUCUGCUAGUAGUUCACUGGUUUUCCAAUAAUGAAAGCAGAAGGCUUUCCUACUUCAUUCCUUUGCCAGAGAAAGACUCUCUUCACAGGGCUGGAGGAACUCCUUGGGGAGUUGGGUUUCUGCUCGUUUUUCUCUUGUUCAUGAUUUCUUACCAGUCUUCUUUCCAAGAACGCUGGUUUCCACUUUUAAGCAGAUGA